AUGAAGAACAAUGGUAAUUGGGGCCCAUCCACAAGAAACGACGUCGAGAAGAACAAUGGUAAUUGGGGCUCAUCCACAAGAAAGGACGUCCAGAAGAGCAAAGGUGUAUGGGGCUCGUUCACAACAAAUGAUGUCGAGAAGAUCAAUAAUGGUAACUGGGGCCCAUCCACCAAAGCAGAAGACGAGAAGAGCAACGGUGUGUGGGACCCGUCCACAACGAACGACGUCUUGAAGAACAAUGGUAAUUGGGGCCCAUCCAACAAAGCUGAAGACCAGAAAAACAAUGAUAAUUCAGGCUCAUCCACAACAAACGACAUCCAGAAGAGAAGUCAUAAAUGGGGCCCAUCCACCAAAGCUGAUGACCAGAACCAUAAUGGUAAUUGGGCCUGGGGCUCAUCCACCAAAGCUGAGGACAAGAACCACAAUGGUAACUGGGCCUGGGGCUCAUUGGACAUCCAGAAGAGCCAUGGAGCAUCCCACAUUGGCCAACACAACCACAAACAAGGAACCAUGUCGAACAUGGUGUUCUUAGAAGAGGCCCUCAAACCAGGAUCAACUAUCCCUUGUUACAUCCAACCAUCGGCCACCUUAGGAGCUCCUUUGUUACGGCGUGAUGUCGCCGACUCUAUCCCUAUGUCCACGGGGAACUUCAUCAAAAUUCUGACAAUGUUUGCACCAGCGUCCAACGACAUGGCUACCAAAAUAUGGUCGACGCUGGAUGAUUGCGAGCACCCGCGCGCUAUCAAGGGUGAGACGAAGGCAUGUGUCAGCUCUGUGGAGUCAAUGGUGGAGUUUGCUGCAUCCGUGCUCGGGGUUAGUACCUACAACCUCGCGGCCUUCUCCUCACCGCACGUGCCCGUGGAUGGCGUCAUGACAGGGAGGGGGUACAAAGUGGCGGCUGUAACGAGGGUCAGAGAGGCGGGGGACACCAUGACUUGCCAUCGUGGGAGAUUCCCGUUCGCUAUGUUCAUGUGCCACGCGGUGAAUCCCACCAGUGUGUACUCAGUGACGCUGGAGGGGGAGGACGUUGAUGCUGACCGCGCGGGGCAGAGGAUGGAGGUGAUUGCCGUGUGCCACCUGGACACGUCAGACUUCCACCCAGCUAAGAUGCCGUUGCACGUCAAGCCUGGAGAUGCUCCACUCUGCCACUUCAUCUCCAGGGACAGCAUUCUCUGGGCGCCUGCUAUGCCCGCUUCUGCUCACGCUGCUGCUUAGCUACAUGUGUAGCUACAUAAAUAAGAACAGUGUGUGCCUAUGUAAGGCGUAUGCAUGCAUGUCCACAGCAGUCAUGCAUGCCUCCUGCGUGUGGCUACGUACCUACACGUAUGUGGUCUGAAUAAUUAUUUGUGUAUUGUGCUUGAUGUGGUGUACGGUCGUGUGAGCGAGUAUCUUACAUAUAUAUAGUGUGUACCGAUGUAUAGGUGUAUGCCCCCCCUCUAGCCCACGACCAGUGGCGGAGCUUGAGCCAAAAUUAUGGGGGGGCCAUGGGCUAGAGGGGGGGCAAACUUAACUAUAUUAGCUGGUCGUGUGAGUGAGUAUUUUACUAUCACUAGCAAAUAUGUUCUUGUGUUGUUACUGUUUGAUUUUUCCUGAAUAUCCUGACAUGGAUGGAAACACGUUAUGGUCUUGGUUGCA